GGUAUCUGUCACACUGUCCCAGCGUUUUCGAAGCCCUUCGAAUCUUGCCUGCCGUACUUUCGAGCGAGUCCUCGCGGAAGUACUGACGUGUUCACAUUAGCCGGCCCAGCUGAAGAGGUAGUUAGGUAGAGAGCGGAGUGUCACAGCGGCAAAAUCAGACAUAAUGUCAGAAGGGGACAGUGUUGGGGAAUCAAUCCAUGGAAAACCAUCUACAAUUGGCAGCUUCUUCACACGGGUUGGACAGAUCUAUCAGUCAUGGCUAGACAAGUCAACGCCGUUCUCCGUAGGCCGAUGGGUAGUCACUCUUUCGCUAACGGCCAUCUACAUGAUCAGAGUGUACAUAUUACAGGGUUGGUAUAUUGUAACAUAUGCUCUGGGAAUCUACCAUCUCAACCUGUUCAUCGCUUUUCUAUCGCCAAAAGUGGAUCCAUCAAUGCUUGAUGAAGAUGAGGGCCCUGCGCUCCCCACCAAGCAGAAUGAGGAGUUCCGCCCGUUCAUCAGAAGGUUGCCUGAAUUCAAAUUCUGGCAUUCAGCCACAAAAGGCAUAGUCAUCGCCAUGAUUUGCACAUUCUUUGAAGCCUUCAACGUGCCAGUGUUCUGGCCCAUACUCGUAAUGUACUUCAUCAUGCUUUUCUGCAUCACCAUGAAGAGGCAGAUCAAGCAUAUGGUCAAGUACAGAUACCUCCCCUUCACGCAUGGGAAGAGGACUUACAGAGAGGAAACAUAAGAACAUUGAGAUUGAGAGCUUUUAAUGUAACUAUUGGAUGAAUGGGGGUUUGAACACUUUUUGGCCCCUACCCCUCACAUUUUUUGGGCAUUUUUAUCAGUAUGCCGGGGAUCUUAUAAGUGUGCAGUAGUAUUUUUGGUAACCAGAGAGACAUUUUGGAAAACUUUGAUCAGCACUGUAGUGAAGGAUCAAAACAUUUUUCCUGUCAAAGUACAUUGUUUCCAAGGGUUGUCUUGAGGAUUUAUAUAUAUUUUAAAAAUUCUAAUUGUUUUGAAACAUUUUCUUGUUUUUCUUCAAACGCUAGACAGUUUCAAUUCAUCCUAUGCCAUUUGAAAAAACUUAAUGAAAAAAAAUGAUAAAAUUGGAUAGUAGAUUUAUAAACUGUUUCUCAAAAAGGAGAUUGCAUGUUCUUGGGUUCUCUUGUGCUGCAAAUAUAAACAAAGAACUUGAUUUUAAUAACUUUAAGUGUAUUUUUUUCACUCCAAAUACUAUUAAAGAGACAUUGUCCCUUCAAAUAAGAUGUGGCUUUCUCUGCAUUAUGUUUUGGGACCUCUGAGAAAAGUAAACUUUUUUUUAAUGAAUUAAGUCUUACUUUAAAAAAAAAAAAGACAUCAAUUGCUAAUUCGAUCAUGUAUUGCUAAGAGUGGGAUUGUGCAUCUAUCCACUGGCAGAUCUUGUUGGUACAAGUUAAUAGUAAAUGUGCAAAUGUUCCAUUUGCAGAAGGAAGGAGCUUGACAUGGUCAAGUGGUAGGGUUUGACUGUCAAAUAAAACAAUGCUUUGAAAUUGCCA